AUGGCCAAUAGAAGAGAUCCACCUGUCGAUGCAGACAAUUUUGUCGAAGCCUUCGCAAGAAGGAUGGAGGCAAACCAAGUCGGUGGAAGGCUAGGACGGCUAGUAACAUAUAUAAAGAGUAUAGGGGCAACGAAAUUUACUGGAGGGAAACCUCACGAGGCUGAAGAAUGGAUUUACAAUCUGGAAAUCCACUUUGAAAUGAUGGACUGUACCCAAGUAGAGUUACGAAGAGUGGCUACUUGUCUUUUAGAAGGAGAUGCUCGUUUCUGGUGGGACACGGUCAAACGUGUCACACUCCCUGCAGCAAUGGAACUCAUGGAAUGGGCUGUCUUCAAAGAGAAAUUUCUGGAAAAAUAUUUUCCACAAGUUGAGAGAGACAAGAAAGAAUUAGAGUUUAUUCAACUUACCCAAGGAAAGAUGACUGUGAUUGAGUACGAGACCAAGUUCACUAAACUUUCUCGUUUUGCUCCACACAUGGUAGAUACCGACGAUAAAAAGGCAAGACGAUUCAUUGGAGGACUGAAUUCCAAUAUUCGAAGAAUGGUCACUCAACGUGGAAUCACGUACGAGGAAGCUGUGGACAAAGCCCUAACUCAAGAGGAAGAAAAUCAAAAAUAUCGCAUGGAGAAGGAGCGAGAGAAUGGCUUCCGAGGAAAGAGAAGUCAUCCAAUGUCUAACCAGAAAAGCGGACAACCAUGGAAGCAGCAAAAAGGGAGGGACUCAUUUCAGAAGCCGACAUCAUCAACUGAAAAAGGAAAGGAGGUAGCAACAGGCCCAAUUCGGUGUUUCAACUGUGGAGAAAAGGGGCAUAUAUCUAAUACUUGUCCAAAGCCACGUCGCCUUCCAGGAUCUUGUUACAAUUGUGGCAAGAUGGGACAUUUCUCAAAUCAGUGCGAUGCACCAAGGCAAAAAAAUAACCCACCACCUCGUCCUGUCCAGCUAAAUGCCAUAGCUCGUGAGAACAUCGUGAUGGAAGGUACGCUAAUAGCAUAUAGUACUCAUGCUCAUAUACUAUUUGAUACUGGCGCAUCCGAUUCGCUUAUGUCUGCUGCAUUUGUCACAACUUUGGAAUUGACACCAACUGAGCAUGAUGAAAUUUUAACAGUCUCAACACCAUUAGAAAAAUCUACCACUUUAACCAAAGUAUGCAAAUCAUGUCCUAUACAUGUUCUAGAUACAGAAUUUCCCAUGGACCUCAUAGUCAUAAAUUUGAGGCGAUUUGACAUAAUUCUAGGAUUUGAUUGGUUAAGCAAAUAUCAUGCCUUUAUAGGCUGUCGUGAGAAAACCAUCACCUUCACUAUUCCUGGCCAACCCAUUCGAAAGAUUCAGUGUGACUCGCCCAAAAAAAAAUUCAUACCUUCCAAAAUUCUUGCCAAUGUCGAAUUAAAGAGUUCAAAACCUUUAAUAGACCAAAUCUCUAUGGUAAACUCAUUUAAAGACGUUUUCCAAGAAAUCACUCAUUUACCUCCAAGCCGAGAUAUUGAAUUCAGCAUUGACCUUAUACCUGAAGCCAGACCAAUUUCUGUUACUCCCUAUAGAAUGGCACCAAAAGAAUUAAAGGAGUUGCAAACGCAAAUCAAAGGAUUGCUCGAUAUGGGAUUUAUCCGGCCUAGUGCUUCUAGUUGGGGAGCACCUGUUUUGUUCGUGAAGAAGAAAGAUGGAUCUCUCCGACUAUGCAUCGACUAUUGGCAACUAAACAAGGUGACUAUCAAAAAUAAGUAUCCAUUGCCACGAAUCGAUGAUUUGUUUGAUCAACUACGAGGAGCUCGAAUAUUUUCAAAGAUCGACUUGCGCUCUGGGUACCAUCAACUUCUGGUCAAGGAGGAUGAUAUCCAUAAAACCGCCUUUAACACACGGUAUGGACAUUAUGAGUGGUUGGUGAUGUCCUUUGGAUUAGCCAAUGCACCAGCCAUAUUCAUGGAUUUGAUGAACCGAGUGUUCAGUCCAUUUCUGGAUAAAUUCAUUUUCGUCUUCAUUGAUGAUAUUUUGAUUUAUUCUAAAAAUGAAGCGGAUCAUACACAACACUUGGAGACUACCUUACAAGUGCUUAGGGAACUAGAAUCAGAAAUGAGAAAGAAACAUCCGCAAUUGUUCAUAGAACAAGGUACGUAA